CUAGAUGAGUAUCUGGAGCACUUUGACAGGGAGGAAAUAGGCGAGUACGGAGACGAAGCGACAGUUGGGCUGUGGAGUAACAUUUUAGAGACACCUAGAAGUGCCUCAACUUCCAGCAACACUGCAGAAGGCGGUGAUGCAAGUGCUGAAGCUGGUACAAGCGCCGAUGCGGUCGGUAAUACAAGUGCU